CGCUGUUUUGGCGACCAAUCAGCGCGCAGCAGCGGGAAAUACAGCUGGUCCGAGAGGAGGUUCCGCGAGAUUUGGCGCAAGUGUGCGGCAGAAGAGGGAAAGAGAGACGCAGAGGGCUUCAGGAGAAGAUAACACACUCCACUCGUUCCUGAGAAGACUUCUGACCACUUGUAAAAAGGUUGAACGCGACAUGCCGAGCACGCGCUCCCACGGCCGGGUCCAGCCCACGCUGUCCUUCCCUCGCCGUAAAUCCUGCCGAGUUUCCUCUCGCUCCAAGGCGGGAGAAAAGUCCCCGACCAAGACCCUGGACCCGGUCUUGACCCGGAUCGGACCGCUGUCCCCGGUCUUGACCCGGAUCGGACCGCUGUCCCCGAGGCGUCCCGCCGAGCAGCCCGCCCUGCUCUCGCCGACAGGAGAAGUCAUCCGCCUGUUCCCCCUCUCGCCCAGACGCCCCGCAGCCCAGCCGCCGUCCUCCGGCCUCCCCACGCCCUCCGGCCCCCCCAAGCGACUCCCGCUCAGCCCCCGGAAACGCACAGGUGACGACAGCGGCUGUAACACCGGCGCCGGUCCGCUGGGUUCUCCGCCCAAACAGAGCAAACCGACCACGGCGUCGCCCAGGAAGCUCGGCUUCGACGAGAACUCGCCGAUCUCCGCUCGCCGGCGGCUGGUCCCGUCCCCCCCCACCGCGCCAUCGCCGCGGCAACACGCUACGCCUGCUGGAAGCCCGGCCCGCCAAAACCCGGAGAGGAAGUCGCCCGCCAACAAGUCGCGGUUCCUGAGCGUGAAGCGGGCGCUCCACACCGCCGUCCCCGAGCGGCUGUUGUCCCGGGAGACGGAGCGGGCGUCCAUCCGCUCCUUCCUGGAGGAGACGGCGCUGCGGCGUCUCCCCGGCAGCCUGUACGUCUCCGGGGCGCCGGGCACCGGCAAGACCGCCUGCCUCAACUGGGUGCUGCAGGAGAUGAAGGCGGACCUGUCCCCGGUGCAGACGGUGGUGGUGAACUGCAUGAGUCUGCGGAGCUCCCACGCCGUCUUCCCGCUGCUGGCCGACCGGCUGAAGGCGCCCGGCGGGCAGAACGGGCUGCGGAGGUUCCUGACGGCCCCGGGGCCCGCUGUGCUGCUGGUCCUGGAUGAGAUGGACCAGCUGGACAGCAAAGCUCAGGACGUCCUGUACACCGUCUUCGAGUGGCCGCACCUGCCCAAGUCCCGACUCUGCCUCGUCGGGAUCGCCAACGCUCUGGACCUGACGGACCGGAUCCUGCCGCGGCUGCAGGCUCGCCCCCGCUGCCGCCCGCAGCUCCUCCACUUCCCCCCCUACAGCCGGCAGGAGCUCAGCGCCAUCGUGCAGGACCGGCUGUCCCAGGCGUCGGCUGAAGGCCUCCUGGACCCCUCGGCGGUUCAGUUCUGCGCCAGGAAGGUGUCGGCGGUGUCGGGGGACGCCAGGAAGGCCCUGGACAUCUGCAGGAGAGCCGUGGAGGUCGUGGAGUCCGACGAGAGGAAGAAAACAUCAGACCCAGACACCGAAUCUAAAGCGUCCCGGGUCAGCCUCCCCCAGGUGGCGCGGGUCCUGUCGGAGGUCUACGGGGACCGGAUGGCGUCCCAGGGCGGGGGGUCUGACGGGGAGAGCUUCCCCCUGCAGCAGAAGCUGCUGGUCUGCUGCCUGCUGCUGCUCACACGCAGCGGGAAGAGCAGAGAGGUCGUCCUCGGGAAGGUGUCUGCCGUGGGCGGUUCAGGAGAGGGGUCUCGUCUGCUCUCCGGGGUGCGGUUCUGCUCGAUGAGACAGAGGCUUUCUUGGCUCUGGCGUCUGCAGUACUGUCCUCAAGAGGCUCGUGGCCUCACUAAGGUGGUCCUGAAGAUCGAGGAGCAGGACGUGGAGAACGCUCUGAAGGACCGGACCCUGCUGGGGAGCAUCCUCGCCGCCGGACUCCCCUCCUGAUCACACCUCCUCGUUAUCAAAUCAGACUUUUCUUUUUUUAUAAAUAUUCUCGUUUUUGCUGAGAACUUGUACAGUGUUUUGGUUUUGUUUUGUUUUUGUUUUUGUUUUGUUUUUCCCCUCUCGUACCGACGAUGCUCAGUUCUUGAGUUGUUGACAAAGUGUCGUCCGGUCCGUUAUGAAUUCACGGCGUUUACGUUUCAGGAUUUGAAACUUUUCCAUUUUUUUU